AUGGCAUCCCAAGUCUCGGCGCCACUGCUACGACAAAGCCAGGAGGGUGACUCCCAGACUACACAAGACCAAGAACAUCAGAAUCGGUUGAAGGAGGGUACUGAACGAUGGCGAGAGUCUCAUCACGCACAGGCUCAGGAUGCAAAGACGCGACCAUCGGACAGGCCUGUACACAGAGUCGAAGGAGCGAUUUCCGACAUCAUUUGGGCCCUUACAUUCGUCAGCCUUCCCAUGCUUGUAUUGACGGCCAUCUUCGUCUACCUGGUCUAUCGCUAUGAGGUUUCCAACACGCCUGAGGCCUUUGAGAACUUGCUUGGAAUCGCGUCCAUCCGGGACAGCUCAGCAUACUACGUUGAUUACAGUGCCACACGACUAGCUACGGUUUCGUCCUGGACAAGUACUGCCACGUCACUGACGUCUGCGUUUGUCAUGGUCCUGAUCUCCUACCCGCUUGCGAAGGAGUAUAUGAGGAGAUCAAACUUGGGACAGGUCGAAUCUCUCCCAACGGUCUAUCAGCUCAAGUUGAUCAUAGGUCUGCUUGAAGGAGGCUUCGGGCCGUUGUGGUCCUGGAUACAGUAUUGUUUCUGGAAAGGGCGAAACAAACAGAUCAGACUAUUGUGGAUGGCCGUCGCGGGUCUGUGGACAGCAACUCUGUUGAGCAUCGCCAUCGUCGGGGUCGAUACGUGGCUUCAUGUCACAACGACCACGGUGAACCUGGACACCCUCUCACCGCCCGCUUCUACGCCCGCCGCAAGCUACGGCCGUGGCCUCAUUCCCCUCUGCUACAACCAAACUUGGACGCCCGGGGACAUCAACCAAUGUAUCGGCGGCCUGCAACUACCGGGGUCGAUUCACUUUGACAGCGCUUCCGAGGCGACGCGGACCUCGAUGAAUCUGUCCACGGUCAAUACCGUUUUGGCCAGUACCAUCGACGAGAAGCAUUUCGCCUUUCUGACCUCUGCACAGCGCGAUCCCAAUCUCGAUUAUCGGGCACGGACCUACGCCAUGAGCACCACGUGUUCUCCGGCCAGCGAGGCGUGUCAGCUCCAGCAGAUCCAGUAUUGCCCCUUUGAGAACGGCUGUCCUCUGGGACUGGUGCAGAUGGCGCUCGGAAUGGCGUACAACUGCAGUUCCAAUCUCUACGGGGACCUCAACAACAACACCGGGUCGACCUUCACGUCGAGUAAUGGCAGCUCGUCCGGGACAAGCAGCAACAUCGGCUUCUUCCUCCAGAUGUUCCGGCAGCGAGGGUUCGAGGACCCCAUUGGCACCCCGGAUCAGCAGAUGGCGACUCCGAAUCCAUUCUUCUUCUCCGUUGGUGGUCGAGUGGCCACUUCCGACGCUCUAUCCAAGGACCCCCAAGCCGUCGAGGACGACGAGCAAUACAACUACGCCUUCAUCUUUGAGUGUACCUCGACCGUCUACGAGUUGGAGUACGUCUCCAUCGACGGCGGCACCGUCGUGGACGGGAACUACACGGCCGCCAACGAGACCUUGUCCAACAAUGUGGGCUGGACUCUGUUGCAGAGUCGGGCGCUAGUCCAGAACUCGCUCGAGUCGGCCUUUUUCAGCGGCGCCCAGCAGGUCAACACGUCCCAGGCCUUUGCCGACUACUUUUCCCAGCAGUUCAGCCGGUCUGCGCUGAGCAUGAUCGCCGGCAUCACGGUGGAAAGGCUCAACGGCGCCGAGCAGACGCGGCAGACCCGCCUGGUCGCACGACUCCCCAAGGCCCCCUUCUUCAGCCUCAUCGUCGCAAACCUGCUGUAUGCGCUUCUCGGCAUUUGUCUCGCCGGGGUCGCCCUGGCGAGCCAGCCCAGGAAGACGCGCAACAUGCAGGCCCGCCUCAGCGUGGCCGGCCUGGUCGCUGCCCUGUUGGAACCCGACCGCGCUGGCGCAGGGCGGCCGUGCUGCGGCCACAAGGGACCCAGCAACACGGGCAUUGAGAGCGUCUUUGCCGAGUACUACUCCACCCAUACUCACGCUCGCGACCACGCCCUCAAGCACGAUCAUCACAGUCGAGUCAUCCUCGUCGACUCUGGCACGGGUACGGGCACCGGCACUAGUAUAGGAAACCGAGUCUUUGAAAAAAUCACCCUACCCCACGUUACUGUUGGCGAGGUUCCUUCCACCUCGACCACCUCUCCAGCUUUCAUCGACCGAGUCGACACCCCCGUCUGUGACAGUCACGCCACUACUAUCACCACCACCAGUACGACCUUGUCGCCCGAAGAGAGACGAUCCUCGGAAGAAAACCCCGUGCAUCCAGAUCCAGAUCCAGCCGCUCGGCACGGUGUCCACGUCCAUGUCCCACUAUCCAUGUCUUUGUCUUUGGCUGGAGACGGCGGGGUAGGGGGAGAGGGAGGCGGUAGUGGAGGACACGUUUCUUAA